CGAUGAUGCACGUAUGCAUCGGGAGAUAGAUGGCGCCCGAACUGGAAAAGUAAUGCUCGUCAAAAGUUUUCCUCGUGUUUUUACGUCGUCGUCGUCGGGUCUGAAUGCGUUAAAGAGGGACAAAGCGGAACCGUGCGGGCUGCAUCGGCUGGAUUGGUAGGAGAGGAACGGAACGGCCGAGGAGCGUGUUUACGCGAGUUAGUGGGGGUAGGCAUCACAGCUGAGCGUAGUAUAGAGGUGAGCGAGUGACGCGAGGGCGAGUUUAGUUGCGAAUGAGCGCUCGUCGGGCGAGCAGCGUCGUUGCGGCGUCGGUCGAUAAUGUCAUCCUCGUGAUCGACGAGCAGCAAUCGGCUCUUGAACUCUGAAUAACCGCUUCCGAGGACGGAGAAAAGGUGCGCGAACACCGUUCAUUCGUUCUGACGAGAGUAAUUAUUAUCAGUAGUCUCCGAGGAGGAGCAGUGCACGCAUCGUUCGGGGAGUAUUAUUCAGUGCGAAUAAGCGGAAGUGCGAGAUAAUAAUCGUUGACACUUGGCUCGCGAGGAAAGUCGACGUGAAGAUUGCCGCGCGAGUGCCCUCGCGUUUUCCGCGCCCGCUUAAUAUAUCGGAUAUAACGCCCAGUCCUCGAGAAUCGACUUUUGUGAGAGUAUCACUAGUGGAUCGUCGAGGAGGAAACGUAUUUUUUCUCGGAUAGUGAAGAAACUGAAUAGAGAGGAAGAUAGAGAAGUGAAGUGACGAAGAAAUUUGUUAGAAAUGGUGCCGCAACAGCAGGACAGCCCCUCGAGCUCGGGGAUUCCUAUGUUCGGAUCGCUGCUUGUGGAUAAAAAUUCAGCGACGCCCUACUCGGACGCGACACAGACGAAGAAGAACAAUCCGAAUCACAUAAAGAGACCGAUGAACGCGUUCAUGGUUUGGUCGCAGAUCGAGCGUAGAAAGAUCUGCGAGAUCCAGCCGGACAUGCACAACGCGGAGAUCAGUAAACGUCUGGGUAGAAGAUGGAAAACAUUGGACGACGCUGAGAGAAGACCGUUCAUCGAGGAGGCGGAACGGCUUAGACAGUUGCACAUGGUAGAAUACCCGGAUUACAAGUACAGGCCGCGAAAGAAAACGUCGAAACCGGCAGCCACGGCGGUCGGCGCGAAGACGUCCGCUGGGAAAAAAGUGAGAAAAUCGGUGGUCGGUGGCAAGAGUCGAAACGAUAGCAAUAACAAUAUGGCAACGAGCGGAGCGGCGGUCGGUUCGGUGAAGAGGUUGCAACAACAUACAUCGGUCAAUAAAACCGUGUCGCGUUUGAAGGUCAGACUUGCUCUCGAUAAGAGACCGGCGCUCGAUUACACACCCGCUCCGCCGAUCGUCAGCGCGAAGAUACCCAGCAGUCCCUCCUGCGUCACGCCGGACUCACCCGAAUCGGCGACCUUCUACAGCGAAGAAAACUUCCUGGAGACCAGGUUAGCGGCCAUCAGCAACGAGGCCACGUCACCGAUGAGGACGGUAACGAAGAUCAAACGAGAAGCCAGCUUCGACAUGGACUAUGAAACGUUCGAGCCAAAGGACAGAUUGCUGUCCUCCGUUUCGAACCCGGCAGCAAUUACCUUCGCGUCUGUAGAAGACGCGAACAGGAUACCCAAUCAUCACGAUCCAUCGGCGACGGUGAAAAUGGAGAUGGACGUAGAGACCUCGGCUAUGAACGAAUGUUCUGAUCGAUUAACACAAUCGGCCGUGGCCACUGGAACUACGACUAUACCCACGAUACCUUCUCUGAGCAACGACUUAACGAUAAAGUCGGAUGAUGACAACGACGCCGUCAUCGAGAGGAUGGAAGAACCGACGAACAAUCCCAGCCUGGCGGAUCUUUACUCGUUGACGGAUCUGCUGCAGAUACAGCCGUCGGACUUCAAAAUCGAUCUAGACAUGGAAACGAUAGCCACGGACCUGGACACGUUCGAAACUGCUAGCUCUAGCAGUGGAUCACACUUUGAGUUCUCGUGCACGCCAGAUGUUACGGACAUGCUGUCUACCAUUGGCGUAGCCAACGACUGGGUCAGCUUUUGAGAGGACCGGGAGGUUCUCUUGAAUCUUUAUGUACUACGGACGUAGUUUCAUCAGUCUUUCAUUACGCGUUACGUCGCUCUUUCUAUUGUAUUACCAAGUUUACUUUUUUCUCGCCGCCUCUUUCCGUUCUUGCUUUGUUAACAACUCUCGUUACUUUCUUCGUGUACUAUAGGAGAAACACUUUCGAUAUACUUACGUGAAACGUUUGAUCUCAUACAUGCUCUUUAUCCUUAUUGUUCGUUACGAAGCGGUACGUAAAUAUCUAGUAGGCACUCGUUCAUCAAAUUGAAUCGUUAGUUUAUUCGCGACGAGCUCUGCGGAUCGCGAUCGUUCUUUCUGAUCACGACGAAAUCGGUGCUGCGUAAAACGAGUUUACGCGACGCAACGUGGGGGUAGGGAACACACUGCCAAAUUUCCAUUUUACACGGCUGUUUUAUUCCCAUCGGAAACUCGACUGUAUUACGGGUCGUUCUUCUCGUCACUGCCAAUCAGCGACAAAGCUGACCGAACUCCUCUCUCCGAGCCCUGUCCCCUUCUAUACUUAACGAAUCCAAUAGGCUGUGAGAAUACACGACAAUCGACCAAUUUUUCCGAAUUAAAAAAAGAGAGGUGCUCUUGCAGAGUUUGGAAAUGUCGCCAUAGGGUCGUCGGCGUUGUCCUUAUAUCGUAAAGAAGUGAGAACGAGGGAUCUCCGUUGAAAAUCAUUGCUCGUCAAUUUUAUACAAUUUUUCAUAUGCAAAAGUCGUAAACUCGAAGAAUGAUUUUCAUCGUGAGACCCUUCUGUUUUAGGAGCAAUGCUGCAGAUUUGUCGAGGAAAUGUAGGAGAAAAAAUUUGAUGCAUAUACGAAAUCGCGAACGUUUUAAUUUAAAUAAUAAUAAUAAUAAUCUGCAGUUUAUUUUUUCAUGAGGUAUUUAAUAGUAGGAUACAGUGCGAUUAUCCCUCGUUAUCAAUUCCUCAGUUGUCUAUUCUAAUCGAUGCGCAUCUGCCUCCUCCUCCUUCUCCUCCUUACGUGUGCUCUAUCUUAUCUGAAUCGUGCAUCUCCUCUUUUCUACCGAAACGAAAUUCGGCCGCACCUGCUACAAAACGAGUUUCCCUGAAACGAAUAUUCACGCUGCUCAAUAAAAAGGUGUACCGGAAACGAGAAGUUUGCGUCGCGGCUUCUUCUCGUAUAAAAGAGACUACGGCAGGGAUCUCAGAAUUUAUCCCUCGGCCGGAAAGUGGAGACGACGCGACCAUGGGGACUGGUACUUGAUGGGGAUAUGCCUAGGCAUAGUCAGCGAAGGCGCAUGAGGAGAAUAAUAGUGGGGAUCAAAAUACGGGCGAAGCGAGCCGUGCGGGAUAAAUUUUGAGAUCCCUGGACUACGGGACCGUCGCCGGGGGAAGAAGUUAUUACAGUAUUGCGUCGGUGAAAAGUCACGACGUGUCUCUCGACGCUCGUUUUGUAAUUUAUACCCGUAAGUAUACAUAUAGAGAUAAAAAAGAAAACAAAAGAAACGAGAACACACCAAAGUGCAAUAUUACGCGUAUGUAUACAUAUAUAUUAUAUAUUUGUAAAUGUUCAAACGGUGGGAACAAAAGGACAGAUCGGCGAGGAUAAACGGUCUCGCGAGGAGAGAAAAUUCGAAGACAUACGAAAGGCAAUGGCAAUACCGAUCUCAAUUAAUCAGAAAAAUAGAAAUGUAUUUUUCCAAUAGAGAAUCGCGGCAGGUGUCGGUUUACGCCGUCGCGAAUGUACAUAGGUAUAUGUAAAACGUCGUGAAAUGAGAAAUCUUGCCAGCGAAAAUAGCGCGGCCGAUAUUUUUGCAAAUUGAAAUUUAUAGGUAUAGUCGAGCGUUUUUUUACCCGGCGAGUUUGCAACGAGGGAUGGGUCGGGGAUAAAUCUGUCGAUUGAGCAUGUUUCGUGGAAUCGCCUCGUUAGGUCGGUUUGAAAUUAUUUUUAAGUGACGGAAGAAAGGUCGUCCGAGAAUUCGUCUGAUCCAGCAAGUGAUUUGCCAAAUCCUACUUUCCCUCUUAUCUUUCUGAUUUUCCCUCUAUCACGGAUUCUCCUCGAUUUCGCGAGAGCGAACCUUUUUUUUGUAACCAUGCUUCAGACGGGAAGAUCGUUCAGCUCCUCUCCUAAAUGUUGUAGACUUAAGUUUUUCAUAACACACGACGAUAGUUUAGUUGCGCCAACGACUAACUUUAUACAUGUAACAACUGUACAUUUGUAUUUAGUCCUUUGUUUAUAAUACGUAUUACCCUGUUGUUAAGUAUCCAAUUUAUAUAAUUUUUUUAUCGAACUUAUUAAAAAAUAUUUAAAACCA